GCAUCAAUCCCGCACCCUGCCAUGGUCACUCAUCUCCUCCUCGCCCCCACUCCCCGCACCAGUAAAAGGAGCAGCUAGAAGUUGGCUACGACUAUCCAUUAGUACACAUACAUGGAGAGCAAUAGCAUCGAGCCGCGGCAGAAUGGAGACCGCGUCAUGGAGGUGCCGGAGAUCGACGGCGACCUGCUCGUCGAGCUCCUGGACGCGUCCCUCGCCGCCGAGGAUGCAGCAGGCAACCCGCAGCUCGGCUUCGCGGCCGACGUCGUGAUCGACGGCGGCGACUGCUGGAUCGGCAGCCACGAACUGGACGGCGCCGUCCACACGCACCAGGGCUGCGAGGACUGCGACCUCGACGCCAUCCUGUCCGACUUCGAGGAGUACGGGAGCCCGCGGCCGGGCUACCCGGCGCCGUACGUCGUCUUCGACCACGACGACACCCUGGAGUGGGCGGAGACGGCCGACGCCGGCAUGGGCCCGUUCACCGGUGGGUGCAUGGGGGACUGGUACAUGGACGGCAUGGUCAUGGCCAUGGAGUGGGAGGAGGAGGGCGGCGAGGGGAGCGCCGCCUUCUCGUUUGGGCCCUGCUACGGCGGCGAGGCUGGCGCGGAGCAGGUGUACGGCAGCCCGCUGUGGGAGUGAUCGAACUUGUGGAGUCGUGUCCACGUGUCAGUGUUUAGUAGAUGUGCUCAGUACUCAGUAGAUGUGUGCCGCACUGCCGCUGUAACCAAGCACGACGGAUCUAGAAAAUAAAAAAAAAAGGAGGGUAAAUUUUACCUUGUUCAAUCUCCAGCAACAGAGGCUCCAGGGGGCUCCACUUCUGCGGCGCAGGGGUAGCUCGAGCCCCUCGCCCCACGUUGGACCCGCUCCUGCCUGUAACUAACUACCACGCACCACUGUUGUGUUCUAUCUUCAUGUUGCGAAUUUGGCAGAGUCUGAAUUUGCUGAAGAGAAGAAAUAGAGAACUGAACUCUUGAUGAGUA